CACCAAUAUCGCGUUGCGGAAAAUACAAAAGAGACCUAUCAACUUUCCACGUCAAGAAGGGCAUAUAAAGUGCGAGACUGAAUGGGAAUGUUUACAAUCUUCCUAUCCUCAAUCCCCCUUUCAGUUUCUUACCCCAGCCCAGGUAGUUCAAGUAGCAUGGCAUCUACACCUGAUCUGUUCAUGCGGAGGACGCGCGGUCUUCCACGUCGGGAUUAUAAUGCUCUGCACAAUGGCCUGAUUUCUUCGCCUUCACAGCAGUCUGAGGGAUCUACCUGUGAAACAGGACACCCUUCCUCUCCUGAGCCCUCUUCGCCUAGGGACCUGGAAAACGUUCAAAACACACCUCAAUCGAAGCGGUCUUACUCUUUGCUUAGCUCCUCGCCUUCCCCGCUUGAUCCUGCCUUUUCAGAGAGCAGGAGCGAUGCGAGUAGUCCGCACCCGUGUAAAAGACGAAAGCCCAAAUCAUAUAUUUUUAGUAUAGUUUUGAUUAAAUUCAGGGGUUAAAUAACUACUAUGGCUGUCAAGUACCAGGAGGCUGUACUUGCCCACUAAUUUGCCUCUGAUCCACGGGAUAAAGUGUUUUUAAAGCUAUUGAAGUCUAAUUAUAUCAGUGGUCUAACUGUUAUCGCUGACUUUAAUUCUCUAGGUAGAGGGAACGGAU